UAGAAUAAUACUGUUGGAUCGACGUCAUUUUUGUGCUUAAACAUGGCAACUCAUUAUUAUUGGGAGAGAACAAAGGCAUGGAUGCUGGAUAACAAGAUAAUCGUACUUCUCUCACUACUCUCAUUUUGUCUAUUUGUGUCAACGUUGGCGAUAGCUGGUCAAAGAAAUCGGCUGAAUACCGAAUUAAAUGAUUUGAAGAACAGUCUUACCACCACCACACUUCCACCACCUAAAAACGAGACAGAUACAGAAAACGGCGAUGGUAAUGGAAACGGUAAUGGGGAUGGUGGAAACACUGGAGGCGGUAAUGGAGACGGUGAUGCGGAUGGCGGUAACAAUGGGGGCGGUAAUGGAGGCGGUAACGGGGAUGGCGGUAACAAUGGGGGUGGUAAUGGCGGCGGUAACGGGGAUGGCGGUAACAAUGGGGGUGGUAAUGGCGGCGGUAACGGGGAUGGUGGUAACAGCGGAGGCGGUAACGGAGACGGUAAUGGGGAUGGUGGAAACACUGGAGGCGGUAAUGGAGACGGUGAUGCGGAUGGCGGUAACAAUGGAAACGGUAACGGGGAUGGUGGUAACAGCGGAGGCGGUAACGGAGGCGGUAAUGGAAACGGUGAUGCGGAUGGCGGUAACAAUGGAAACGGUAACGGGGAUGGUGGUAACAGCGGAGGCGGUAACGGAGGCGGUAAUGGAAACGGUGAUGCGGAUGGCGGUAACAAUGGAAACGGUAACGGGGAUGGUGGUAACAGCGGAGGCGGUAACGGAGGCGGUAAUGGAAACGGUGAUGCGGAUGGCGGUAACAAUGGAAACGGUAACGGGGAUGGUGGUAACAGCGGAGGCGGUAACGGAGGCGGUAACGGAGGCGGUAAUGGAAACGGUGAUGCGGAUGGCGGUAACAAUGGGGGCGGUAAUGGAGGAGAUAAUAAUAACACUGGCAAUGGAACGCUUCCGGAGAGAAGAUGAAAUCAGUGCCAAAACUACUUCAGAGACAGUAAAAGUGACGAAGGUAGAAUUAAGUAUAUUAAGAUGUGUUUGUUGCGAUGAUUUCUUUAAUAAACAUAAUAUGUAUAAACUUUUAUACUGGUAACUAA